AUGGGGUCGCCGCUGAAAAGAAAGCGUCUGUAUCUUUGGUCAGGAGCCGACGACGAAUACGAGACGAGCGAUAUCGAUUUGCAAGAAGCACGUACCCAGAACGACUUGCGUCUGAAGUCCAUCUUUGAGGGGAUUUUCGAAAAGUACGGUCGGGAUUUUACAGACGUCGGCGACGAGAUCGACCUUCAGACAGGGAAGAUCACGGUAAACAACGGGCACAUCGAUGCACUCGAGGUGGAAGGCAACGGUUAUGGGGACUGGCUGUCGGAUGCAAGGCCGCAGGCUCCGAGACAUGUACUAGCAGAAAGGACGGAUUAUGAGGGCAAGCCGGCGCGCCUUGCCCUUGACGCCGAUGCGUGGGGUGCAGAAGAUACUGCCCUGGAAGGCGACCACGACCUGCAACAUCCCGGCCGGAGGACGGUCCAUCUACUAUCACACAUGCGGCCAGGCUCUAGGAGGGGAUUGGGCGAAACUACGGAAACAGAUUCAGAUCAGGGUGCGGCGGGUGACGGAGAGGAUCGUGCUACGUCGGAGGCUGAAGACGACAGGUCGAGUGUGGAUUCUUUGUUAGGUACCGCACUAUCAAUCCCGGCCCAGAAAGUCGGUAAGACCACCAAGGGCGAGACUGGCACCGAAAAAGCAAUUCCUCCCCACGACGGAUCCCACCAAUACCAGGCCGCACAUACUGAGAGACUCGAUGAGACUGUGGACCCCAUUUGGCGCGUUCCUGAGAUCAGUGCGAAGUUUACAACACCGACUUUGCCGAGUCGACCUAGACCUAACCCAAAGCCUGUCAUUAACAAUGCAGUACGUUCGCAGUCUCCACCCGGUGCGAGCUCCGUUUGGGCUCUAUCCGGUACAAGAAAGCGGGAUACGGACGUAGUGAAGAAAAUAAAGCAAAAGGGCAGCCCGAAGAGGCGGGUAAAACACCAUUCUAGCCCUGAUGCUGUCUGGGACUGGUCAUUUGCUGAUGCUCCAGAUGGAAGCGAAUCCGACGAUCCAUUACAGGAGGACUACGUACCCUCGCCCACGCCAAAGGACUCAGUCUACAUUCGGGAGAAGCGCAAAGGCCCUUUCUCGGCGGGCGCUGCUCAAAAAACCUGCAGCUUCUGCAAAAGGAUCUUUUCUCGCAAAGCUUAUGACAUGCAUUUGAAGGACGUGCUGGCGAAUCCUGCAGACAACGAACAUGACUCGGUAGAGCUCAAGAGACAGCUCGCCACAGUCACCGGCGACGGUACUACUGAGUCGGCGCCUGGUGCCACUAACAGAAGCCCUGCCCCUGCUGGACUCAUUGUUAGGAUUACAAACACACCUAGAGAACCAGACUCAGAAGCAGGUCAGAGGACGAACCACGAGUCGACGCCGACAGGAAGCAAACGCGCUAGGACAGUUCUUGGACCGCAGGAAGCCAGGCUGAUUAUCCAGAUGCGACAUAUCCAGGGGAUGAAGUGGAAGGAAAUCUCGGACCACUUCCCACAAAAGAAACCAGCCAACAUCCAAGCAUGGCACCAUGUUCACUGGAAACAACGCAAGGCGAAUCCUCCUCGACUGUCCGGACCCUGGUCAAAGGCCGAACUCGAGAAAUUGGAAAUACUCAAGGACCAACCAGAGCUGACAUGGCCUGGUAUCCGUGCUGAGUUCCCGGGCCGCUUGCUUGCGGAGAUUGAAUUUAAGCUGUUGCAACUCUGGGCGGGCGAUAACGUCUCACAGCCUCUGCGUUCUGCCAGUCCAGCAGACUAA